GCUGGCUGGCUUUCUGCCGUUUCUUUGUAAUCGCAAGGAACGCUGCACAGCAGCUUUUCAGUGCAAGUCUUCUGAGGGUCUGUCACAACGCGCACGUGUGUUGAUUGCCGUGCUGUGGGCUUUGCAGGGCCGCGACAGCUGCAUCGCCUGUUCUCUGGGAGCGGCAGUGCUGAGUGGAGCAUGCCGCAUGGAACUGGGUCGGCCCUGUUUUAACCGGGACCUUAUUUGGUUACCAGCUCUCUCCUUCUCUGCAGGAUCCCUCUCACUUGUGCUUUCUGCUUCUUCCACCCGAGGACCACCCAUGGCCAGAGUUCCUGAGUGCGGGGAUGUGAUGAUGGAUCUCUGCAGCCAGGAUGAAAUGCCGUUCUACGACCUGGACCAGCCCGCCUUGAAGAAGGAGGGCUUUUCCGGGCUGCGCCAUCAGGCAGGCCUGCCCCAGGUCUGCAAUGUGGGCAUCCAGAUGAGAGUCACACAGAAGCCCUCCCUCAGGGGCUUCCAGAAGGCCCUGGUGAUCACAGUGGCAGUCGAGAGGCUGAAGAACUCCCGGACGGUUCAGCCCCGGCCGUUCAGUGAUGACGACCUGCUGGACAUCUUCAACUCCGUCUUAGAACCGGUGGAUGUCAAAACCUCCGAGUUCACCCAUGCAGCCAAUUCCACCUACCGAUUCUCCGAAGAUGUCUGCUGUGACAUUCAGGACAUCGACCACAAGUCCCUCGUCUUGCAGAAGGAGCCUCUGCGGCUGCUGGCCGUGCACCUGCAGGGUCCCAAUCUCAGCCAGGCAGUGAGGCUAAAGAUGUCUGUUUAUCGCCCAAAAACGGAGGCAGGCACUGGGAAAACCCCCGUUGCCCUGAGCAUCAGGGGGCAGAAUCUCUAUUUAUGCUGUGUGCAGAAAGACGGGCGGCCUGAGCUGCAGCUGGAGGAGGCCAACAUCCAAGGGAACCUUGACAAAUCCAAGCUGGGCCGCUUCCUUUUCUACAAAAUGAUCGUUGGAAAGCACACGAGGUUUGAGUCGGCCGCCUUCCCUCACUGGUACAUCUGCACCGCCUCCAGUGCGGAAGAGCCGGUCGGCGUGACCAACCGGCUGGGGGAGGCUUUCAUUGUGGACUAUAAGGUCACAACCCAUGGCGUGUCAUGCUGAAGAAGCCUUGCGACCGGGUCCAGGGACGAUCCGGGGCCUCCCGGGUCGGAUACUUGACACGAGGCACCUUACAGGGGACCUCCCCUCAAGAGGCAACAGAAAUCUCCCAGAAACUGAUUAGUGCUGCGAGGCAUUCCCUCGCUGGCCCUUCGUAUUUAGAAGACAUAACCUAUGAAAAGGAUAGCUGCCUGCCAAAUUGUGCGUGCCGAGUUUUACUAAGGACAAGAGGGAGAGCAGCUACUUGGAAUUUUAUCAAUGCAAAUUUAUAUUUUUAAUUUAUUUUAAUUUAUUUUAAUUUAUUAAUUUAUUAUAAUAUAACUUAAUGUAAUUUAACAACUUAAUCGUUUUGCUAGUUUGUCCUGCUUAUUUGAGUAUGUUUUCUAGCAGAAAUCAGAAUGCUGCUGAUAACCAAUAAAGUCUUUGACGGCUU